AGUUUCUUCCUAGAAUCCAAGAUGGCGGAUGUCUAGUAAACACGUGUAGAUAGUUAUAACAGUUAAAGUCACUCUUAGAGUUAGAAUUCUACUUGUUAUUGGUCCAGAACACAAAUCAAAAUGGCUAUGGAUCAACCAAAAGUAGAUAUGGUGCAAGACCUGGAAAUAGAGAUGAUGACAGAUUUGUAUAAUCGUCUCACAAGUGCUUGUCACAAGAAAUGCAUAUCUGCAAAGUACAAGGAGGGUGACCUGACCAAGGGAGAGUCUGUGUGCUUGGAUAGAUGUGUGGCCAAGUACUUGGAGAUUCAUGACAGGAUAGGAAAAAAAUUGACAGCUUUGUCGAUGCAGGAUGAAAAACUUAUGAGUCAACUACAAGGACAACAACAGGCAGGGAAAUAAUAAGCUGUUUGGUAUUACGGUAAUCUAUUUGAUCCAAAGGAAUUUGAAUUGCUGUGCAAUUUUGUGCUGAUUGGCAGAAUUAUUCAUCUUUUAAUGUAUCAGCUGAGAUAAAAACUUUUAAAGUCAUUGGUACUCAGCAGGGAUAUAACCUUCUUAAUAUGAACACUGACAAUUUUGAAAUACUCAGUUUUUUUGAGAGAAAAAAAGCUUGAGUUUUGUCUACGUUGAAUGUAAUAAAAAAAUUUUUAGUGUAAAUCUUUUAUUGAUUAAAAGAUAUACAUGGAUAAAUUUUGUCCUUGACUGGAAUAAAAAAUCCAAUCAUGUGGAGCUGUUA